AAAACUAAACAGCUGUAAGGCUAUCUAUUGUUAAGUAUUAUCUGAAUUUAUUUUACAGUGUUUUAAUCCCGCAAGUGAAGGUGUUACUUCAUUUAAGAGAUACACAAAGACAUUUUACGCAUUUUAAAAUUGAUUAGUAUAUUUUUUAGUUAUAAGCUUGAUAACUAUUUAAAAUGGAAAUCUCAUUUAAAGGAAAAAGGAUCUUGGUAACCGGUGCUGGACAAGGUAUUGGUCGUGGUAUUGCGGUUGAAUUAUGGCGAGCUGGCGCCAAUAUUGUAGCCUUGUCACGAACUCGGUCUCACUUAGAGGCCCUUCAAAGUGAAUAUCCUUCUAUAGAUAUAGUGGAUGUUGAUGUAGCAGAUUGGAAUAAGACUAGGGAGGUCGUGGAAUCUCUUGGCCACUUUGAUGCCCUAGUCAACAAUGCCGCAAUCGCUAUAUGUGAUCCAUUUUUCGAAUGUACUUCAGAGGCUUAUGAUAAGACAUUCAAUGUAAAUGUCAAAGCAGUUCUUAAUAUAAGUCAAAUAGUUGCAAAGAAAAUGGUAGAGAACAAAACUCGUGGAGCCAUUGUCAACAUAUCGUCCCAAGCCUCUAAGGCUGCUCUAAAAGAUCAUACUAUCUACUCUGCAUCCAAGGCGGCUCUCGAUGCAUUGACCCGUGCCAUGGCAUUGGAGCUUGGCCCUCAUGGUAUAAGAGUAAAUGCAGUCAAUCCAACUGUAAUCAUGACUGAAAUGGGAAAGAUUGGUUGGUCUGAACCAGUUAGAGCUAAUGAAAUGAAGGCUAAAAUACCUUUAAACAGAUUUGGCGAAGUGUCGGAGGUAGUGAAUGCUGUAGUAUUCCUGCUGAGUGAGAAGGCCAGCAUGAUCAAUGGUGUCGAGCUACCCAUUGACGGAGGCUUCCUAGCUACAUAGAACAGCUUCAUUGUACCCACAGCUAUUACUCGAAUUAGGCAUUUUUAUUUUUCUAUUUUUUUUACCAAAGAAUGGAGAAAAAUUCUGAUAUUAAUUUGUUUAUAUAUUUUACCAAGUAAAAAGUGCCAUAUUACCUUUACGUUAUAUUCGGGCAUCAAAUAUUAUGCAUAUCUGUGUGUCUAACUACAAAAUCAUGACCUGUCCAUACACUUAUUUGAUGACUUUGUAUAGGUAUUAAAAAUUAUGAAAGUGCUUUUAUAAUUCGUACUACAAUAAAGUAAAAGACAUGAUAAUUUAUUAAUUGCAGAACAUUAAUAAAUUAAAUAUUUUUGUUUAUAUGCACCUUAAACUUCCAUUUUCUAUUGUAUUUUAAUUAUAUCUUCCUAUAUUUCAGGGUGAUCACAUGUAU